AUGCCUUCCUCAGAUAAUAUUACCAGCACGGCAGAGAGCUCGUACGUCCGCGGCGACGACGAGGUUGAAAAGCCCCGUCGCGCAUCGAGCAUCGACCUCGAAAGCAAUAGCGACACCUCGUCCACUGGCGAAACUCUCGAUGGCCACCGCCCGUCGCGCGGCGAAAUCGAGCGCACCAUCUCGCGCAACAGCCGUAGCGGUUCGCGCGAUGGCCGAACGACAGCUGUGCCGAGCACGCCUGGCGAGCCGCUCACACGGCGUCUGACGCGCAGCGAGACAAUGCUCUCGCGCAUUCGGUCGCGCCCAGUUCCCGUGUUUACGCAUGCUCUCUCACAUAUCCCUACUACGGUAGACUCCCUCGUUACGUUUGACGGCAAGGACGAUCCAUACGAAGCCAUAAACUGGCCCAUGAGGAAGAAGGUUAUAACUACCAUGCUGUACGGCCUGGUCACCGGCAGCUCGUCAUGGGCUAGCUCGUCAUUCUCGGCAGCCUCUGCCCCUGUUGCUGCCGAGUUUGGCGUAUCGGGGCCUGUCUCGAUUCUGGGAACUUCCCUGUUUCUUGCGGGCUUGGCGAUUGGCCCUUUACUCUGGGCGCCGCUGAGCGAGGUGUACGGCCGCAAGAUCACAGUGCUGCCUCCUGUGUUUAUCGGCAUGUGUUUUAGCUUUGCGACAGGUGCAAGCAAGGAUAUACAGUCUAUUUUAAUCACCCGUUUCUUUGGCGGCUUCUUUUCCUCGGCGCCAAUCACAAAUACCGGCGGCGUCUUGGGCGAUUUGUUCUCACCGGCGCAAAGAGGGUUUGCGAUAGCAGGGUAUGCAAUGGCCGUGGUGAUUGGCCCAGCGCUCGGUCCAACCGUGUCGCAAGCUAUGGAAAGCGGCCUUGGCUGGCGCUGGACGCAAUACUUGGACGGCAUUCUCCAGGGCGUCGCGUUUCUCGCGGCUUUCAUCCUCAUUGACGAGACAUACCCGGCCAAGCUCCUCAUCUACAAGGCCCGUCGCCUUCGCCAUGAGAGCGGCAACUGGGCACUACAUGCGAAAUUUGAAGAAUGGGAUGUGAGCGUCAUGGAGCUUGCGCGCAAGUUUCUAGUCCGCCCGCUGCAGCUCUUUGCCACGCCAAUUUGCUUCCUGGUCGCGCUCUACUGCAGUUUCUGCUUUGGUAUCUUGUAUAUGCAGCUGGGCGCCAUUCCUAUUAUUUUCCGCGAGAUUCGCGGCUGGUCGCCCGUUGUGUCGACGCUGCCGUUUCUGUGCACGUUUGUUGGUGCUGGAAUAGGCUGCGUGGUCAACGUUUACAACCAGAAAAUGUACAACAAGGCCUACCAUGCGGCUGGGAACCGAGCCGUACCGGAGAAGCGCUUACCUCCUAUGAUGUUUGGUGCCAUCAUCUUCCCCGUCGGCCAGUUUCUCGUCGGAUGGACGGCAGACCCCAAGUAUAACGCUGUAGCACCUAUUAUCGGUACCAUUCUGACAGGUGCUGGCUUCUUUACGAUUUUCCAGGCCGGUCUUAAUUAUUUGGUCGACACAUUCACCGCAUAUGCUGCGUCUGCAGUGGCUGUAAACACAUUUCUUCGAUCUGUCUUUGCGGCCGUCUUCCCUUUGGUUGUUGGGCCCAUGUUCCAUAACAUUGGCACCGGCCCAGGCUUGAGUAUUAUGGGCGGAUUUUCUGCAUUGCUGCUUCCAGUGCCAUUUGUCUUUUACAUAUAUGGCAAGAAGAUCCGUGCCAGAUCCAAGUGGUCCAAGGGUUCUGUGUACGACUAA